AUGUCCACCAGAGGAUUGGCCAUUCGCCAAGGUCUUCAGACACCAGCCCCACUCAAGUUCUACGACUCGCUGCAGAAGUCAGUGCGUCCAUUCGAGCCGCUAUCCAGCGAUCAAGUUACUUGGUAUUCUUGUGGACCAACUGUUUAUGAUGCCUCUCACAUGGGCCACGCCCGCAACUAUGUCACCACCGAUAUCUUGCGUAGGCUGCUGCAGGACUAUUUUGGCUAUCGAGUCGUCUAUGUCCAGAAUGUGACCGAUGUGGAUGACAAGAUCAUCGUCAGGGCCAGACAGAAUCUUGUGUUUGCUCAAUAUGUCGCGGAUUGCAUGGACCGAACAGGAAGUUACUCCUCUGCCGUAAAGCAAAUCAAACAGUGGUGGAAGAACUUCGCAGCAGAUCACCUCGUCUAUCAUGGGGAGCCUGCAGAUUGGAGUCACAGCAGGCCUAAGCUGCGCGAUACAGAGGGCUUCCCGAAAGACCAGAUGUAUAUUGACGCCCUGACUGCUUCAGCCCAGGCUUUGUCAAACGGAAACGAUUUCAGCCCUGGUUUCUUUGACUCUGUCCGCGACGUUGUUCUUUAUGGUAUUGGAGCGUCUCAGGUCAUCCCCUCUGAUGAAAUGAUCAAGGCUACAAAGGAGUUGACAACUUAUUGGGAAGAACGCUUCAACGACGACAUGAAGAGGUUGAAUGUCGUAGCACCGACAAAGGUUACACGCGUCACGGAAUACAUGUUGCCAAUCGUGGAAUUCGUGCAAAAGAUUAUUGAUCAUCAAUUUGCAUACGUGUCUUCUGGAUCAGUCUAUUUCAAUGUCACCGCAUUCAUCGACGCCGGUCACGCCUACGCGAAGCUCAAACCGACCUCAAUGGCACAGGCAGAUGAUCUUUUACAAGAGGCAGAAGGAGUUCUUUCCACGCAAAUAGGAGAAGCGCGGAAGAGCAAGCGAGACUUUGCAAUAUGGAAAGCGUCCAAACCAGGUGAGCCUGCGUGGGACUCUCCAUGGGGCCCUGGCCGACCAGGAUGGCACAUUGAGUGUUCAGCAAUGGCAUCUGCUGAAUUUGGUUCUGUUAUUGACAUUCAUUCUGGCGGCGAAGACUUGACAUUUCCGCAUCACGACAAUGAAUUGGCGCAGUCGGAAGCCUAUCACAAUAAUCACGAAUGGGUCAGGUACUUCGUACACACGGGUCAUCUGCAUAUCCGUGGACUGAAGAUGUCAAAAAGCCUCAAAAACUUUAUCACAAUUGAGGAUGCUUUUUCCAAGGAGAAAAUGUCUGCACGUCUGAUGCGUCUGAUAUUCUUGAGUGGUAAAUGGCGCGGCCGCGUCGAUUACAACGAAGAUUUGAUCAAGGGCGUCAAGGCUAUGGAACAAAAGUACUCGGAGUUCUUCACCCAGAUUCGUAAUCUGGAACGAGCAGAGACUGCGAGUGCUGAUAAUGAGAGCAAUGAGUUGGAGGCAAAACUUGUUGAUACCAUAGCAGCCGUCGAUGGAGUCCUUGCCGACGACUUUGACACGCCGAACAUGUUAUCCUUGCUUCGGGAACUGCUCAACGUUGCAAACAAGACAAUGCUCAAUGACAUUCCACCUGUCAAAUCAUUACUACGGGUAGCUCGUUAUUUCUCUACAAUGUUUGAAGUGGUCGGCAUCGAAAUCGCUCAGGAUGGUCUGGGCUGGGCCGAGGCAGAUGUGGAUGUCGAACUUUAUCGCCAAGUUCAGGCCCUUGCUCAGUGUCGGCAGCGAUUACGAGAGACGUUUGCAACAAGCAGUCAAUCACCUGGUGAUCUGGAUACUCUGGUCCAGGAACUGCGCGGCAUCAGUGUUCAGGAACCAAGCUUAGCGACCUUCCGUCAGGAGUUGGCUGAGAGGUUGCAAUCAAGACCCGUCAAGCAGGACAUUUUGCAAGAGCUCGAUCGCUUUCGCGACUAUACCUUAGUCGAUCUUGGUAUCGCGCUUGAUGACAGGAAGAAUGGCUUUGUACUCAAGCCGGGUGAGCGUGAUGAAAUGGUAGCACGACGGGAAGAGAAGUUGGAGGAUGUACGCCAAAAGGCUGCACGCAAGGAAGCUGCUCUAGCCAAAGAGGCUGAGCAGAUGAAGAAAGGUGCUUUGCCUGCCAAGGACAUGUUUCGGCACAUUGACACCUUCACUCAAUUUGACGCGACUGGUCUGCCAACACAUGUGAAAGACGAUGCAGGUCAAGAGCUUCCUAUCAGCAAGAGUCAGCUGAAAAAGCUGCAGAAGGAGUAUCAAGCUCAAUCCAAGCUCAAUCACAGAUAUGAAGAUUGGAUUGGACGGAAUCAGGCUAUCUAA